CUUCGUUUAAGCUGCACCAUUUCCCUAACUCCACAAAGUUAAUCCGGAGGUUAGACGGGAAGUUGCGUGAAAGGUCACUCAUUUCCGGAAGACAUUUAACGUUUACAACAAGUGGAUUUAAAAGACUUAAAAUCCCAGAAAUUAACCCUGCAAUCAGCUGGAAGCAAGUCAGCAGACGUUCUUAACUGCAGGAUUUAAGAUGAAUUUUAUCAAUCUGAACUACCAAACCGUGUGCUCUGAGGAAGACCGCAAAAAGUUUUUUAAAAAUGGUUGUUACACGCAGGUGAACAAGAGGAGGUACAGAAAACGGUUCCUUCGCAAGGAUGGCAACUGCAACAUCCAUUUCAAGCGCGCAUUUGGUGAAUGGGAGAGUUACUUUUCUGAUAUCUUCACCACACUGAUAGAUCUCAAGUGGAGGCAAAUGUUUCUGAUCUUUUCCCUGUCCUACAUCCUGUCGUGGCUGUUCUUUGGUUUUGUUUUCUGGAUCACGGCUGUUGUCCACGGAGACAUUCAGAUGGAAGAGGAAGACCACACGCCCUGUGUGGACCAAGUUCACAGCUUCACCACUGCCUUCCUCUUUUCCAUUGAAACGCAGACCACCAUCGGUUAUGGAUCCCGCUGCGUGACCGAGGAGUGCCCCUUCGCUGUCUCUAUGGUCACUUUCCAAUCAGUGAUGAGCUGUUUGAUUAACACCUUUAUCAUUGGCACGGUGGUGGCCAAAAUGUCUAAGGCUAGGAAGAGAGCGCAGACCAUUGGGUUCAGCAACAACGCAGUGAUAACCCUGAGGAACGGGAAGCUCUGCAUGAUGUGGCGCAUUGGAGACUUCCGAGAAAGCCACAUCAUUGAAGGCACAGUCCGAGCUCAACUCCUCCGAUUUAAGGAGUAUGAUGACCACAAGUUGUCCAUGGAACACCAGGACUUGAACAUAGGCACAGGCAAUGUCAUCCUUAUUAGUCCUGUUACCAUAGUACAUGAAAUAAAUGAAGACAGCCCACUCUACAACCUUAGUCAGAAAGACUUGGCUGAAGAUGACUUUGAAGUCAUAGUUACCUUCGUCUACUCUGAGGACUCAACUGGAAAUACCCACCAGUCUCGGAGUUCCUACACACCUUUGGAGAUCCUAUGGGGUCACCGCUUCAAUGACAUUCUGAAAGACAAGGCAAGCCAUUAUAAAGUUAACUACUCCCAGUUUCACAAAACCCACGAGGUGGCCACACCUGACUGCAGCGCCAAAGCACUCUGUUCUGCACCAGAACACGCCGUCAAUGUGCUCACUGUGGCUGGAUUAGACAGCGAAGAUUCAAAGUACGAGAGUGCAAUCAUUCCCAGUGACGAUGGGGAGCAUGAAGCUGAACUGUAUGUGUACCAAAGGCCUGAGUUUGGAUUCAGGACCCUCUCCAUGGAGUCGGAAAUUUAACACCUGUCCUAAUGUUGGACGCUCUUGAACAUGCAAGAGGACUAAUGCAACAAUGAGAUCUUUGUUUAUUUAGGAAAUACACUCAAUGCAAACAGUUUAGGCCCCUUACACUUUUG